AGAUAGCCUCUUUACCAAAAUUCCUGUUUUUUUUAAUUGGCUCCAUACUUCUUUUUCUGGGGUUACCGAGCCUAAAAAGAUGCAGAGAAGAGAUAUAGGCAAGCAAGGAUGUGGUUCUGGCCCCUCGCUUGCUAAGAGAGGCCGCCCAAUUGGCGGUAGUGGGAGUAUCCCGCCCACGACCGCUGCCGCGGCUACUGACUCAGUAGCUCCCCCGACACUCCUCGGGCCGUCUCUUCAAGUUCACUCGGCUUUCGCUGAGCAAAAUAAUAAAAGGAUUGUUCUGGCUCUUCAAAGUGGCCUGAAGAGUGAGCUAAUGUGGGCAUUGAAUACCCUCACAUUACUCUCAUUCAAAGAAAAAGAUGAUAUUCGCAAAGAUGCUACACCGCUUGCCAAGAUUCCUGGAUUGCUUGAUGCUUUACUUCAAAUUAUUGAUGACUGGCGAGAAGUAGCCCUUCCAAAGGUGUAUGUAAAGACACGUAGGCUUAGUCUUUCAAGUGCAAAUGUGGCUGUUACGGGAUUUUUGAAUGAGAAUGAGGUAUCGCGCUCAAACAAUCCGGUUCCUCAGCCAAGCUCAGGAUCAGGGUCUUCCAAUAAAGAGGCGUCUGCUCAAAAUCCUAAGGCUAAAGCGUGUUCUUCUGGUUGGUGGCUUGAAGAUGGCUUGUUUAAUGUCGAUGAGGAAGUGCGUGCUGAAAAGCAGCUAUGUGCUGUUGCUGCUUCUAAUAUUAUCCGCAACUUUUCAUUCAUGCCUGACAACGAAGUUAUCAUGGCUCAACAUCGACAUUGUUUGGAAACACUCUUUCAGUGUAUGGAGAAUUGUGGUAAAGAGGAUGAUGAGCUGGUGACAAAUGCCCUUGAAACAAUCGUGAAUUUAGCCCACUUAUUAGACCUUCGAAUCUUUAGCUCAUCAAAGCCUUCCUUCCUUACAAUGACAGAAAAGCGUGCUGUUCUUGCCAUCAGGGAAUUGCUUGGGUCUACUGUCAAGGCCUGGCAUUGCGCAGCUGCUGAAUUAAUCAGCCGCCUGAUAAUAAAUCCUGAUAAUGAAUUUUUCCUUCUUCCUUAUGCUUCACAGAUAUAUACAAGAUUAGUUGAUAUUUUGAGCUUGCCAACAACUGAUGCUCAAGCAGCUGCUAUUGGAGCCUUAUACAACCUCACAGAAGUCAAUAUGGAUUGCAGACAGAAGCUUGCUAGUGAGCGAUGGGCCAUUGAUAGGUUGCUGAAGGUGAUCAAGUCUCCUCAUCCUGUCCCAGAAAUUUGCCGGAAAGCAGCUUUAGUUUUGGAGAGCCUUGUGUCAGAGCCACAAAACAAAAAUGUUCUCCUGGGGUAUGAAAAUGCGUUUACAGAGAUGCUUUUUGGGGACUCCAAGUAUUCCGAUAUAUUUGCACGGAUAUUGCACGAACUAACAUCCCGCCCAAGCAAUAAAGUAACAACCGCGAGAGGUAUUUGGGGGAUGUGAGUAAAGUGCUUUGGUGUAAACAAGUAAAUGCCGAAACAAUGAAACACACCCUACCCAGUACCCACCUAUCUCAAGUAGCUAGUACCGAUGUGUUCUAAAGAUUUGCUAAAGCAAAUCUUAAAUAGCAGACUAGGUUCAAUUGAUUGGUUGACUACGACUAUCUAAUACCCCUUCGUCGUGAU